AUGGCCGACCAUUCGCUGAUGUCGCCCGCUCCGCCAAAGAACGUCCAGCGCGGUGAUUAUCUUUUCGUCUUACACGAUCACUUCAAACGAAAUGACGAUGAAUUGCAAAUGAUGCGCGGAAAUAUUAUCCGUCUCGAGGAGAUGGAUGAAGAAUUUCAAGAUGGAUGGUGGCUUGGAGAACAACCCGAGUCUGGCCAGAAAGGCCUCUUCCCAGCUGGCUUCACGCGCAAGGCCCAUGCUCACGAGCGUCCCCGGAAUCGUGGACCGCCCGAUCUGAGUUCCAUUCAGACCGACCCCUCCCCCGAAACAGUGAUCGCAUUCGACAAGACCGAAUCGCCAGCUCAGAUGGAACCGUCAACGCCGGUCGAUGUCGAAUCCUCUUUCGCCUCAGCUGGCAGCGAACAAACAACGCCCCAAGCGUCGCGACACGCCAGUACUUCGGAUGUGUACGGCUCGGUCGAUUCCCCCAAGCAACAACGGUCUGCUUCGUCUCCACUGCCCCAGCAAAGCCUGGCGGCGGACAUCCAACAAACCUUCCGGAGGUCCAUUGAUAGUCAUGCCAAUGGCGAGGAGAGCCCGGUGAUGAACGAGACUUUGAGCGUCAUCGAUGAACACAUCACCGAUAUGAACACACCUCGCCACAGUGUGUCGACCCAAGAAGCGAAAACGAUCAAUGACUCUGGGAGCGAAUAUAGUAGCCAUUUCAGUCAUCGCCUUUCAUACAUCAACGGAAAUGAGACGGAUGAGGAAGAGGGCGUUGCACUGACUGAAGAACAGGUUCGGCGGUGGACUCACACCGAGACCGCGAAACACAUGCGAGACCUUGGAAUGGAUACCAAGCAUUGUGAUAUAUUUGAAGAGCAGGAAAUCACCGGCGAUGUCCUUCUUGACAUGGAUCAAGACUUCAUUUUCAUGAAAGAGUUUGACUUUGGUGUUAUGGGCAAACGGCUUAAAACGUGGCACAAGGUCAAGGCAUUCCAGGAAGAGGUUCGAGGCUUGAAACAGCAGCAGCAACAGCAACAGCCGCCGGCUGCGAGAGCCUCUAUCUCUGGCUAUUUGGCUGGUCCAGAGGAACGAUCUCUGUCGCGCGCCGGUCAUACUGGACCUUUUCUACCGCGCAUCCCGACUGUGUCGGAGAAGACUGGCGCAGGCUAUGUGCCCCGGGUCUCUGCAGUCCCUGGACAACACCCAAGACUUGCCAGCAACGGCAGCUCCCCCAUUGCGCCUCGUACCCCUCCGUAUGGUCACGACUCGCCAAGAAGAGUCUCCGCGGCUUCGAUCCGUGAUCUCAAUCAUACUCGGCGGCACUCCUCUAUCGAUACUACACACCGUGGGCCUCCGGACUCUUUAAUGAAUGGCCACCAGAAGAAGCCAUCCUUUGAUCGGGCUUGGACUCUGAACAGUGGAGGCCAAGGUCUACCCGCUCGCCCAGGAACUUCGCUGGGGACAACGGCAUAUCGUGGACCGCAGACUGAAUCAGAGCCCAAUACGCCUGAUCAAAUAGACGACCUGGAUCGAGGCUACUUUUCCGGAACGGAAAUAGAUUCGCGACGGACUCGCCGCGUUUUGCAGAAACGGACGUCGGCCGCUGGUAGUAUCGGUCACUCUCGAAAGUCCAGCUAUGCAGAGGACCAAUACAAGGUCAAGAAUGCUGGUAAACGCCAGUCUCGCAUUGCCAGUGUUGAUUCAAUGCGUGAUGCAGCUCGACAUGUGUCAAGCGCCGCUGAUAACUAUCACAGUACGCCACAGAAGAGCCGGUUCAGGAGCCUGAGCACACGCGUUUCUGAACGCAGUGGCCAUGAUUCACAGGAUAGCAAGGCAGGGUUCUUCUCUAACUUGGGACCAUUCAUGAAGAAGGGCGGGGAUUCGGAAGGCUCCUCCGCGCGGUCUUCCACUUUGCCUUGGAACUUGCCCAAAAUGGGCGGUGCCAAUUCCAAGAUUCGUCGCGCAGUCGGCUUUCGUGCUAUCUCUGAUGUUGUUGGAAAAGGCACUGAUACCUCAGCCCCUGUCUCGCCUCGCGAUUAUGAUCCUACAACUGGUCGUACUGGGUCUACCACUCCUUCGGCAACAUCCAAGAGCUCAGAACGGCACAGCACCGAUGGAUCUGGCAAGGCCACUGAUAGCGCGGGGUUCAUGAUUCGACCUCGCACCGUCAAGUCCAAGAAAGACACAAGCGCUUAUAUACGAGGUCUCGAGAAGAAGUCGCCACGGGAACAAAUGGAUGGAUGCGACUACAGUGGCUGGAUGAAGAAGAGGUCUUCCAACCUCAUGACGACGUGGAAACCUCGACUAUUCGUGCUGCGUGGCCGUCGUCUAUCGUACUAUUACUCUGAGGACGACACCGAAGAGCGGGGCCUUAUCGACAUCACGGCUCACCGCGUCCUCCGAGCAGAUAAUGACCCCAUCAUCGCUUUACACGCCACUGUGACCGGAUCUACCGCGCAGCCUGCCAAUGCCAAUCCCAGCGAAAAUGCAAGUGGCACCAAGGUUACCACAUCUAAUGUCCUUUCUUCACUUAGCAGCAAAGACGGGAGCGGUCCUUUCUUCUUCAAACUUGUGCCGCCGAGAUCGGGCAAUUCCCGAACUGUGCAGUUCACCAAGCCUACCACCCACUACUUCCAGGUCGACAGUGUGGCGGAAGUUGGAAAAGACCAACAAACAAAAGACAAUCAGUCUAAAACAAGCUCAGAUGAUGAACCAACGCCCCCUGCUUUGAUGAACAAUCCCCCGGUUACCGAACCUGAUCAGCUCCCCGAUGAGCUGGUCGAAGAAGCAGACGAGGAAGAACAUGGACUUCGAAUCGAAGGUCUAAAUCUAUCCAAGGCCCCCUCCACCGAAUCCAACUCUUUCGUUGAUGCAAAUGCGGAAGCCCCGAAAGACGAGUCGGGCACCACCGACCAACCCAUGUCUAAUCCUCUCGGGGAAAUUGACACUGGUCACACAUCUCUCCUUCCUAGCCCGCUGGCUAAGACGGAAUCGAAGUGA